AUGCUUCACAUCAUUGCUAUACUUUUACUCCUGUGCAACAUUCCCCGAGUUCCAGGAUGGGCUCCCAACCCUGGGUCAUCGUGUGAUCAGUGUUGCUGUUGCGUGGUAGUCGCCAAUAAAGGAACCAGGAAUUUCUAUGCUCAGAAUGGUGGCAGCUUUUUGGUGAACACGAUUCCCAACUGUUAUUACCUACAGACGCACCUCGAUAGCGUCCUAGCGGACUGGGAUGCGCAGAGCCAAUGGGUGGAGGAUGCGGAUACCUUACCCGGGCAGUACCUCUACUGGAUGCCAACCGAUCCUGCCUACGGUUGCUACAACGACUUUGCGACUGUGACUGCGACAAAUUUUAAUGGUGGACCAAGUACCGGCGUGGAACCCCCAUCCACUAGCAGCAAUGGUGGUAGUGGUACUACUACAAGUCUACGAACCUCUGACACUGUCAGUGCCGCGACAGCGCCAGCAAAAACCGUUACAGCAGCCCCGCCCGUGGCAACCUCAGGUCAGAGCCUUAACGCCGAGAUGUUGCAGGAGUGCGCCCCCGGGUGUGGCAAGAGUCAGUGCGUUUUCAGUAACCUCCCCUUAACUUACCCCAUCAUUGUAGGGACUCCGGUUGAGAACUGCGACCCAAAUAGCAAUGCGACCAUCUCGAGUGCUAUAGGAGGAUCAGUCCAGAUCACAAACACCUGGAGCGUCAACUCGUCAUUGGGGGUGGGCUUCGGGGUUCUGAGUUUGCAUGUCGAAGGCUCGUACUCAUAUUCAAAGACGAUAACGUACUCGCAGACCAUCACGAUACAAAUCUUACCUGGGCAAAUGGUCGCACUGAUUGCAAACGUGCUAUAUAAUCGGACAAGCGGGAACAUGGAAAUCGGGUCCAUGUUUCCUAUCAUAUCGAACCAACCUCAGGAGGUCUUGUCCUACGGGCAGCAAAUAAAGUGCUGCCAUCACGCCGAGGGAGAAUUCUUUGAUGACAUUCUUUGGCUUGUUGAUUCCAAUAUUUGCUUUGAUGGUGUAGAUAUAGUCAAGAACGCCUCGUCGAAUAUCACAAGUGAACUGUUGCCAGGAGAAAUAUAUUUCUUCUUUC